AUGUUCUAUCCCUAUCAAUUUGUAUUCACUUUUUUAGUAACAACGGCUGAUACUGGAGUCCCUGGAAACGUAUUGAAUACAUUGGGUAUAACGGGUGGAAUAGCCAUUGAUUCUCAAAGAAAUAUCUGUAUCGUUUGCCAUGACAAUGAUCAUGUAAUGAAAUGCGAAUGCUACUUCUGGUACGGCCAUUGCAGGUAUUACAAACGUAUAGCGGGAAACAAUAGCGCGACAUUCAGUGAACCGUUUUCAGUAUACCUUGACGAAACCAAUUCUUGUACCUGUGGAAACGGACAAGGCUCGCAUAGAAAUCAACUUGACUAUCCUUAUUAUCUGUGUGCUUCAAAGAAAACAGGUGACAUAUACAUCGAAGACAUAAUUAAUCAUCGAAUUCAACACUAG